CCUCGUGUACUUCACCGAUAUAGCGCGCGCGUGCGUGACCAACGCGGUGUGCCCUCGACACUACGCCGGAGUAACAUGGCGACUGCCCCGGCGUGGUUUAGUCGAUUUGCGACCAUCGGCGCGUGUAGAUCAAUGAGAGGGGAACGACGACGUUGAGUGACAGUUCUUCUUGUACCGCUCCGAUUCUCGCACCGAGAAUGCCGCCGACUUUUUGCGUAGCUGAGUUCCCGAUGGCCACGGGGACCACCGUUAGCGCGUGCAUUCGUCGCCGACGAGGAUCUCAAAGCGACGUGGAACCAAGAUUCGCGUUGGAGGAGAUGCUGCGAACCGGGAUCGUCGAAACUCUCUUGCCGCACCGCAAGAUUUGCUCGCGGAGGUUCGACUACGCGAACACGAUACCGGAACGUUCCGUCGCGGACGGAAACGUGGAGUACCUAACGAACGCGGACGAGGGUUACAAAAGACUCAUCGCGGAAAGAGAAGAUCUCCUGAGCAUUGUCGUACGCACGAUAAUUCUCAUACGGCGCAACCGUAUCCUCGAGAGGCGUCUGAACGCGCUGCGGGCGGAAACGCGAAGAUUCCUGCGCUCCGAGUCGAAUAAUCCGGAAGAUCAACGACGAAGGUCGCAAGUGCCGUCACACUCGGAGGACACGUGGCUCACGGGGAAAAUCGUCUCGACUACAUUAUCGCCUUCCGACGCCUAUCCGACGAGGAAUUCAUUUCAAGCCACCAGUCACGGUAAUCGCGAGCGCCGAACGCCAAUAACGAGUAAGUUCGCAGCUGAUAAAUCCGAAGCGGGCAUGAGCGAGUGUUGAUUUUUCAAUGCCCGGAUAUUGAUAACUUCUUAACCGGCGCGUAAAUAGGCGCACGCGGUGAGUCAUUCAGGCGCCCACACCUAUUCUGCUGCUGUAUAUGUAGACACGUUUAACUUUAGAUAUAUAUUUUAAUAUACCUCUCUCCUCGGGAGAAGACUCUGACAUUAUAAGACUCUCCUCCUGUUCUGCGUAGUAUAUAUACAUGAAAAACUGACUAACUGUAUUUCCGAUAAAGUUACUCUGCAGGAUGAUCCCGGGAUGUCUAGAAACUCAAGUAUUAUUAACUUUCACGCACGGGGUACUCCAGAAUUAAAGGAAAAUGAAGUUAACUUGCAACGUCAUCUCCUUGCGAAAUUUAGAUUUUUUUUGUGGCUUGCUGGAGAAAUUAGUAUUAAUCAUUUUCGAACUGUAUAGGUUGAAAAUGAACGGCUUGUCGGAAAUUAAGCUUCAGAGGCUAAUGAGUGACGGGAUUCAAGAAUAAUAAUUAAUAAACAUAGUUUUCGCGUAAUUGAGGUAAAUUUAGCAGAGUUCUGAUUUGAGGCUCGACUACGAAAAUGUCGAACAUUGGAACGUGAGGAAUUGAGAACGAUGACAUUCCUCAAUAAAAAAAAAAAGUGACUUCCUAUUACUUCCAAUUUUACGGAGGAAGCAACGCUAAUAUAGUUGUUAUCUAUUCAUGGUACUCUCUCUUUCUCUCUCUCCGCCUUUGUAUUCACGUUGUGCUAUCUAGAGCAUGGUGAUGGAGACUUUUCUGAACUAAUAGAUAUUGCUUUUUUAACAGUUCGAUUCAAAAUUUUAAACUAAAAAAAAUUUAAAGCUGCACCGAAAUGUCAGAUCGAAGACUUCGGUAAAAAAUUUCGCAGCCAUUACGAAAUACACGGAAAAAAUGACGUAUUAACAUCAGCAUUAGCCGAUAACAGUCUAAUUGAAAAAUAUUGUUAAUUCAAUGACAGUAUUAAUGAAACAUACGCCAUGCUCUUGUUUUAAUAAAAUAUUAUUCGUUAAUAUUAUUCUUGUAUAAACAAGGAUUAUUUUCAAUUAGACUGCUACUGCCUAAUGCUGUUAAUACACAACAUUAUUUUUUCCGUACAUAUUUUCGAUUAAAUAAAAUAAAAGCGAUCCCAAUGUAAUCGUAUCUUAUUAUAUAAUUAUUACGUAAUAUUCUGAAAUGUAGUAAAGAGAAUUAUAUUCUUGGACGUAAUAUAUAUUUUGCAGGGUGGCAGAAUUCGCACACCUUUUUUCCAACACGGCUAAGAGCUUUCGCUGAAACAAUUUUCGUUGAGUGAGAUAUCGAAAUGAAUGAAGUUGCUUCUCGUGGAUUUUGUAAAGUUAGUCGAGCAAUUAAAAGAGCUGAAAUACAGUGUUAAGUGUUAAGUUUGGUCUGUAAGUAAUCUGCUUUUUGAUUGAAACGUUAGAUAUUUAUUAAACGUUUAUAUGGCAUGACGUUUAUAUGGCAUGACGUUUAUAACGUGAUAUAACGUUAAUGCGAAAUUCGUCAAAGAAUCAAUGAAUGCGUAAAUUAGCAUCCAAAGUAUUUUAAUUAUUCCAAACUUUUUGAUGUUUAACUUAUAAAUCACGCUUUUAAAUUGCCUAUAGCACUGUAACAUUAUUUUUUUUUUUUAUUUCAUCAAUUAACAGACUUGUAACAUCCCAUUUUAUACCCCGUUCUGUCUUUCAAUGAUCGAGUAAUUAUUAAAAAUCUACCUAUAAAAAAUCAUGUCAGAACUGCCACACACAGAAUCCUAAUAAGCUAGAUAAGAUCUCAUUCGUUUCGAUAUCUCAAACAGCGAAAGCUUUUAGCCUCCGUGUUGGAAAAAAAAUUGUGCGAAUUCCGCUAGCCUGCACUUGUGACCCCAACGUGAUCCACUAGUCCUGAGGACUGACAGUCAUCACUCGGUGUCCUAACUCUUACUUGAGAAACCUCUAGUUUCGAUAGCCACGCUAUACAUAUACUUGUGGGCAUCGAAAUUUUUAUUAUUAGUUCGCGGCUCGCGGGUCUAGUGCGAGUUUCGCGAGGCGCUUCGAUACGAUAAGGCGCUCGUGCGAAGGUGGUUGCCGCGUUGAAAGGCGCGCCUUCAACCCGUCUGACCGCCACGAUAUCUUUUACAAGUAACAAAUCCUUAUUUAUUUUGCGAAUCGUAGCGUAUUUUGAGAUAUCUAUAUAACUAACGAAUUGAGAAAGCAAUGUUAAAUGCCGCAUUUAAUCUACUUUAGAAUUGUGUGAUAAAACCAUAUAGUUACAUAUAUAUUAUACAUUUCAGGGAUAUAAUUGAUAAAUUUCAUACUGAAAGUCAUGUGAUAAAUAUCCUUUUAGCAUUAUUCAAUCAAACUGUACGCGAAUAGAGAGAAUUUGUGCCUAAGGUGCAUUGUACGCGCUAUUUUCCAAUCACUGGAGCAAUACAAAUAUAUUGUAUAUAAACAUAUACAUAUAAUAGGCGACGAUUAGAUAAUAUUUAGAUUCAACGUAGUAACCUAAUGUUCGUCGUAAUAUUUACUGUAUGUAUUUACAAUAAGAAUAUUUUACUGUCGACAUGAUUAUAUUACAAAGUACUUUAUGAAUCUGAUCUUACGUACGAUGGACAUGUGUAUGUGUGUGUGUGUGUGUGUGUGUGUGUGUGUGUGUGUGUAUGUAUGCAUGCGUGCAUGCAUGUGAGAGAACAAAUCCAUUAUAAAAAAAAAAAUUUGCAAAUAAUGUCAUAUCACUGUGCUUAAUUAUUUCUAAUAUCGCUUUAUUUCUAAUAUCGGGGAAAGAACGGAAUCAAAUGUUACAAUAAGAAAUUAGUGUUUAACAGAGCAAUAUUCACGAUUAUAUCGUAUUUCAAUAUAUUUUGUAUAGCUUGUGAUUUAAAAAUAAUCGAGAGAGUAUAUAUACGUGGUAUAUAUUGCAUUCCCCAAGACUCUUUAACGGAAGAAUUCUUUAUUAACAUAAAAAUUCUGAACUUGAUUAUAAUCAUUAUAUUACAAGAACAAAGUUACAUUGUAUGUAUAAUAACUUAUUUACAUCCUCCCCCCUUCAAACUUUUUACCAGUUAUUUUAAUGCUGCCCGUAUUUGUAGUCCUAUAACAUUAUACCCUUUUAAAUAUGUAGUAAAAAAAUAAAGACAAUUUUACAAUCAUAA